CCCUCUGAGCUCCGGACCGACCGACUCACAGACUCGCGGACUGACCGAGACCCAGCGUCCUUCUCCGGCUCGCUCUGCCCGCUGACGAUGGCUCGGUGCCGGACGUUCUGGACCGGGAUCCUCGUCCUCAUGACCGCCAGUCUCCCCGCUGGCGUCCAGUGCUUCAGCCACCUGAGCUUCAACCUGUGUAAGUGGUGCGAGGCGUCCAGUCCGCUGUGCAAGGACAGCGUCUGCACCAGUAACUGCAGCCUCUCGUCCUUCUGCACCGCCAUCGAUGAAAUCUGCAUCGCUAUAUGGAGGAAGAGCAACGACACAAUGACCGUGAGCACCAUGUGUCACCAGCCUAGUCUGCCACUAGAGGGCGUGGACCCCGCCCUGCUGCUGAACUUCACCUCAAGAGAAUGUCACAUGGUCCCACAGCCGACUGACGAUGGAGCCAUGAUGGUCUGUGGCUGUCAGGGGGAACACGAGUGUAACGACAAACUGAUCUUCAACAAGGGAGCCAAUGGUUUCUUUAAGCUGCAGAGUAAAGACGUGAUCCCGGUGGUGGUGGUGAGUCUGGUUCCUCCGGUCCUUGUGGCCAUCGUGGCCACGGCUGCCUUCUACUUCUACCGCACCCACCGCCCGGACAAACCCGGCCCCCCUGCACGCCCCGACUGGAGCACCAAGCGCACCCCGGAGUUCUAUCAGGCUCUGGACCUGCCGGGCGGGGGGGCUCGGGCCGAUGGUGCAGGAGGCCUGGCGGGUCCCGGGUGUGAAGGGGAUCACUCCAACGCCAAAGUGGCAUCGUUUGACAGUGACAUCAUCAGCGCCCUCACAGAUCAGAGGCACGGCCGGCUGUCGGAGCCGCUGCCGAUCCAACUGGAGGUCCUGGUGGGGAAGGGCCGCUUCGCAGAGGUGUGGAGGGCCCGCCUGCUGCAGGGGGUGAGGGGGGGGGUCAACAGCUAUGAGACCGUGGCAGUGAAGGUGUUCCCAGCCAUAGAGUACGCCUCAUGGAGAAACGAGUGCUUCAUCUUCACAGACCCCAAACUGGAGCAUGGCAACGUGGUUCGAUUCCUGGCAGCUGAAGAGAGGGGGCCGCCCGGUCCCACGCUCAGACAGUACUGGCUGGUUCUGGCCUAUCACAGCCUCGGGAACCUCCAGGACUUCAUCACAGAUAACAUCCUGAGCUGGGAGGAGCUCGUGGCCAUGGCCGUGAGCGUCGCUACAGGGUUAGCUCAUCUCCACAGUGACACCACACCCAGCGGGAUUCCAAAGGUGCCGGUCGCCCACCGGGACCUGAAGAGCAGCAACAUCGUGAUGAAGAGCAGGACGGAGUGCGCCCUGUGUGACUUCGGUCUGGCCUUACGAUUGGACCUCGCUCUCACUGUAGACGACUACGCCAACAGCGGACAGGUGGGGACAGCUCGUUACAUGGCUCCUGAGGUGCUGGAGUCCAGGGUGAACCUGGAGGACCUGGAGGCCUUCAAACAGAUGGAUGUUUACUCCAUGGCGCUGGUCCUCUGGGAGAUGGCCUCCCGCUGCCAGGCCAUCGGAGAGGUGGAGAGCUACGAGCCGGCGUUUGGCUCCAAGGUUUGUGAGCAGCCGUGCGUGGACAGCAUGAGGGACCUGGUGCUGAGGGACCGAGGACGACCCGACAUCCCGGCGGCCUGGACGCAGCACCGGGGGAUGAACGUCUUCUGCUCCACCAUCACCGAGUGCUGGGAUCACGACCCGGAGGCCCGACUGACGGCCGACUGUGUGGUGGAGCGCUUCAACGCCCUGCAGGAGGACGAGGAGCUGACAGCAGAAGCAGACAGAGACAAGGACGGAGACAGACAAAAGAACUCAGAGACGGCAGAAGACGAUCGGAUCCACUCCUCGUCCACGUCCUCCCUGCAGGUCCCUCAGCCGCAGAGCGACGACACGGAGGUUCACAGGGCGUCUGUCAGCGAGGGCUGAUGGAACAGGCCUCGUGUUUAAUCUGCUGGCAGAGACACUCACACUCUUCUGUUGUGUGAAAGUGUGUUGUUUUAUCGGAGCUGGUCUCCAUGUGUGUGACGGUAUAAUUCUGUGACUGUGAUCCUCAUCAUGACAUACGUGCCCCCCCCCCCCCCGGAGGGCUCCUGGUCGGGUGAACAACCGGCUCCACAGUCCAAUGCUUUGUUUCUGUGACUGGAAAAGCAAUGUCCUUCUGAACUCAAGGCUCUUUACACAAAACUCUGUUGGAUGGAAAACACAGAUUCUUAAUGUUUGUUUGUAAUAAAUAUAAAAUUACAACAUUAA